UGUUGGUGAUUUCUACUACACAGAGUAUAAAGUGGAUAAAUUGAUUAUAUGUGGUAAAGAUUUGAAAAAAUUACAGCAACAUUUGAUCGAUAAACUAGUGUGUGAAACUUUGGAAGCGAAAUCUGUUGUAUUAGAAAAGUCUGUGGAUUUCUUCGUUACUACCCACUUGAAUAAUUGGAAUGAAAUAGAAGAGUUUCAAAUAAAACCACUGGAAUUGCUUCAACAGGGUGGAGAGGAGACAUUGGAACAUCUGUGUGACCUUUUAGCAAAUUGUAAUGAUAGGAAACAGGACGAGAAUAUAUUGACGGCUAUGAUCGCCAAACUAAAACAGUUUCCAAAUUAUGGAGCGUAAGUUACUUUACUAAAUAAAUAUUCAAUUUCAUAAUGGCAAUGGGAUAAUGGCAAGCUACUUAAAUGCCAAUGGCUUUCAACUACUAAGUCAUUACUGUAUUUAUUAUGCCGCUUGGCUACCCAAUUCAUGUUUAAAAGAAAUCGUUAAUGAAUUAUUGCGCAUAAACAAGGAAAUAUCGGAACAAAACCCUCAAUAUAGAAGCAACUCCGAGCAGCACAGGACUAAAUUUUUCAUUGCUUUCGCUUUGAUGACUUUAAGGAAACAAUAUACAGACAUUCUAUGGUCGGCAUUAUUUUCUUCAACUGAUCAGUUGAAUAUUAUAUUAAUGUACGAAAUAAUAGUGGCUAAGAGCAUAUCCCACCCAGAUGGUCUUCUGGAGCGUUUGCAGUCUAUAGCCAGUCUGGAGACAGACCAUCAAAUGUCUCUACUGUCGGUUACAAAUAUUUUCAUCCACCUCAAAUGGAGUUCACUUAAAGAAGAUCAAAUUCAAAACAUUAUUAACUCGCUGCUGCCUCUAACUGUAGAAGCAGUUUUACAAGUUGGCCAAUUUGCUAAUUUAAUUGUUAAUGAAAUAAUAAAAAAGUCGAAGGAUGAAGGAUUAAAAAUUCCAAUGGUUAAUACAUUGCCUUCAAAAACUGGUGUUGAUUUCGCAAAGUUAUUGGUUGGAACUCAAUUAGAAGUUCGUCUUGUAUUACCUGAGCUAGACUUGGUCACAGUGGUAUGUUUUUGGACAUGGUAUAUGUCCAAUGUUAAACCACCAUAUUUGUCCGAUGACAAAUUAUUACAAGCCAAACAGAUUCGAAAAGCUAUUAAAUUGUCAUCAAUUGAAAUUCAACCGAUUAAAUGAAACGAUUUUGACUUCAAAAAUUGACAUAUAUCCAAAAUCAGACCUAGAUUCGCCCAAUAUCUCAGCCAAUAACGCAGAUCUCAUUGUGGCAGCUGUUCUUAUGGACGAAAUGACCAAUCUGAACGAUCUAUUGCAAACUUGCCGAGCACUUGGCGUUCGCUCACUUAUAGUGAGCGAUUCUUCGAAUUUAAGUGAGAGCUCUGAGGAUACUUUACACAUAGUUAAGCUUAAACCAGAAUUACUAAACAAGUAUUUACGUGAGAAAAAGUUGGAGAAUUAUAAUAUCGUUGCCACCCAAAAUACAGCAACCAAUAAUAAUUUAAUUGAAUAUCGUUUCGCAAAGCAAACUGUUUUGCUAUUCAGUAACCAGCAACGCGACAUUCCGGAGAACCUGAAGCCUUUACUGGAUAAUACAAUUGAAAUACCACAUAAUGACUUUCAGCAUGCUCAGCACUUGCUGAUUUUUAAGUUUUUCAAACAAUAUUACUAAUCAGCAGUUUCAAUUCGCAAGACACCACAGAAGGUCAACAUUUUCUUAAUUUAACUUUAAUUUUCUUAGUUUAAUAGUCUUAAGCAUACCGAUCCGGCUUAUCAGACACU